CCUCCGACUGAGCCAGGAGGUGAAAGGGGCGACCACGGAUUCGGGACACCUGCCCCGAAUCCCUGAGCAACCACAGCCAACACUGAGUGUUCCUUUAAGACGCACACAGUAUUGAGCGUGCGCUCGGCUGCGGCGGCUGAUGUGACAGGAAGGAGCCGCCAACUCUGUCCUGUCACUCCAGCCCGGACUUCCUGUGCGGCAGCGGCUCUGCUGAGGCUGAGAGAAGUGGAGCUGCAGGAGCAGCGGGGGAACGAGGCAGAGAUUCGGUGAAGACGAGUUGUGAUCGGGAGACGUCUUCAUGAUGACCCAGGACAGAUGGAGAAGAAAGAGAAAAGUGAACGACUCCGAUCAGAGAAGACGCCCCUGUGAAUUCUGUGGCAAAGAGUUGUGACUGGAAGAAAACGUCAUGAUGGUCUGGGCCAGAUGGAGAAGAAAGAGGAAAGUGAACAACUGAUCAGAGAAGAUGUCAUCUGAGUUGGCGUCCUUCACAGUCUAAAUAACAGGAGCCAGAUGGGAGGAAGUAAAGGUAACGAGAUGAGUGUCCCCUUCCAGAGUGCUUUCCUCGGGGGGAUUACAGAAGGCAAGAGAGUGUCAAUCCAAGGACAAGCCCACAGCCAUGCCAAACAGUUUGCUAUCAACUUUACCUGCUUCAACAAUGAUAUUGCAUUUCACUUUAACCCCCGAUUUAAUGAAGGAAAUGUCAUUGUAUGCAACACAAUGCAAAAGAGCUGCUGGGGCUCUGAGGAGAGAAAAAAUAAUAUGCCGUUCCAGCGAAAGACCUUCUUUGAUAUAUCCAUCUUGGUGUUAGGUCAUGGCUUUCAGGUGACUGUGAAUGGUCAGUACCUACUAGAAUAUCGUCAUCGUGUCCCCUAUCAAACCAUCCAGUCCCUACAAAUUGUUGGUGACCUCAGUCUUAACUGUGUCACCUUCUUUCCAUCUGCUGAAAUGUCACCAGCUCCACCACCGUACACUCCAGGUUAUGCUCAAAAUUCAUUUGUACCUCCAAUGUACAGCACACCAAUGGUACCAAGUGUGCAGAUGCCUGUCUUUGGAGCCCCCAUGCCUCAGCGAGCUCCCAUGACUGUGCAUAACCCGGUGAUGCCCUUUCAGGCUGCUCUUCAGAAAAACUUUGCCAGAAAUGGAAACAUCAUUAUUAUGGGAAAUAUCUCUUAUGGAGCCGACAGGUUCCACGUCAAUCUUCUAAACAGCAGGACAAGGAAUAUUCACCUUCAUAUCAACCCUCGUUUCAGAGAAGGAGCAUUAGUAAGAAAUACUCAGGACAGAGGCACCUGGGGUCCUGAGGAAAGGCAGACCUCAUACAUGCCAUUCUAUCCCGGACAAAGCUUUCAGAUGGAAAUCAGGAAUGAGGGAGGCUCCUUUGGCGUCUAUUCUAAUGGAACAAAACUAUUCGGCUAUGUCCACCGCCUACCAUUCAACCAAAUUGACAUGAUUGAAGUUGGAGGAGAAGUCACCUUGACCUUUGUCCAGUACUAACCUCAUUCAGGAUUGAAGAAUUAGAUGGAGCCUAAACCAGACACAUGGGGGGAGAUUUAUCAAAACCUGUCCAGAGGAAAAGU